UCAGUAUGAGAGAUUGAAGCCAGAGGGGAGCCAAGAUGAGAGACAGAAUGAAAGAUGUCCAUGGCACUCAGCUCUGAAUUCUGAUCCUUGACAUUCCAAGUCUCUACAACUCUUUGUUCUGUGAGGUAUUUAAGGAUUCUGCAAAUAAACUUAACCCCCUUUUCUGCUUAAAGUAGUUGGCAUUGGGUUCCCGUCACUUGCCAGUAAGAGACAGAAUACUUGCUUUGCAGCUUGUGUCAUGUCACACUUUUCAAUUUUGUGAUCUAGUAAUUGUUCUGCGUCUAGUCCCCUCACAUCCACCAUACAACCAUGAUUCCUUGCCUCUGUUCAUGGUUUCUCCUACCUGAAGCUUCUUUAUGUCUUUUAUAUCUGCUAAUUCUUCCUGUAUUGGGGAAAGGCCAAAGGGCAUGCCCUGGUUUGCGUCAAUACCAGUGAAUUAAAGGAAAAUGGAAGGAAUGAGUCCUGUAUUAGAAAGCCUUAGGUACCAUAAAGCCUGUGAUCAUCACUCCUGUAGCUACCACCAGACAACCUCGCUGGUCAAUAUUUCACCUGUUAACUAUUAGGAAAGAGCAGAAUUAAGUGCAGGGGGUCCUAGGUUUUAAUCUGUCAGUUCUGAGAGUUUAGCAGGAAUGGGGAAGGAGAUUGACAUGAUUCUGUAUAGAAAAAGUUUGGCACUUCUAUCAUCCAUAUCCCUUAGCUUUCCUUUUGUGUUUUCUUAUAGUUAUGUCACCAAGGGAGUUAUUAAAAAUAUUGAUGUCUGGGUCCUACCCCCAUAGAUUCUGAUAUAAUAGAUCUGGAUACAGUGUGGGCAUUUGGAUUUUUAAAAGCUCCCCAAGUACUUAAGUGUAUCCAAAGUUAACUGCUGCUCUGUGGUGCCUGAUCAGUCUGAACCUAUUUUCAUGGUUAAGCAUUCUGUACUGUUACCAUCAAUUAAUGCAGUGAAGGAGUAGGCAAUGAUUGCCCUAAGGUAAAGUUUUUUGUCCAUGGAAUGAAUUGGGAAGUACUCCCUCCUCCUGUACUUUUUGGAAGAGUUUGUGAAGGAUUAGUGUUCAUUCUUCCUUGAACAUUUGGUAGAAUCAUUUGGGCUUGGGCUUUUCUUUAUGGGAAGUUUUUAAAAUUACUGAUUCAGUCUCUACUUGUUACAGGUGUAUUCAGAUGUUCUAUUUGUUCUUGAGUAGUCUGUGUCUUCCUAGGAAUUUUUCCACUUCAUCUAAGUAAUCUAAUUUGGUUGGCAUACAGUUGUUCAUAGUAGUCCCUUUUGAUCCUUUUUAUUUCUGUAAUGUGGGUAGUAAUGCCUACGUUUUCAUCCAUCAUUUUAGUAAUUUCAGUUUUUCUCCUUUUUUCUUGAUUAUUCUCUCUAAAUAUUUUUAUCACUUUGGUUCAAUGAACUGUUGAUUUUUUUCUGUUCUUUUUCUAUUUCAAUAAUUUCUGGUCUUUUAUUAUUUCUUUCCUUCUACAUGCUUUGGUUUAGUUUGUUUGCUCUUCUUUUUCUUUUUUCCUUUUUUUUAAAUUUUUUUUGAGACAGGGCCUCACUCUACUGCCCAGGCUGGAGUGCAGUGGUACAAUCAUAGCUCACUGCAAUCUCAGCCUCCCAGAUUCAAGCAGUCCUCCCCACUCAGCCUCCCUAGUAGCUGGAACUACAGACAUGUGCUAUCAAGCCCAGCUAAUUUUUUUUUCAAUUUUUAGUAGGGAUGGGGCAUCACUACGUUGCCCAGGCUAGUCUGAAACGCCUAGCCUCAAGCGAUCCUCUCGCCUUGGCCUCCCAAAGUGCUGGGAUUACAGGUAUGAACUACCCCCACCCCAGCCCUGUUAUUCUUUUUCCAAUUUCUUAAGGUGGAAGUUUAGGCUGUUGAUUUGCGAUUUUUCUUCUUUUUUAUUAAUAAACUUUAUUUUUUUAGAGUUUUGGGUUCACAGCAAAUUGAGUGGAAAACACAGAGAGCUCCCAUAUAACACACAACCUUCCCACUAUCAGCUUCCCUCACCACAGUGGUACGUUGCAAUCAGUGAAUCUACACUGACACAUUAUUAUCACACGAAGUCUAUAGUUUACAUUAGGGUUCACUCUUGAUGUACAUUCUAUGGGGUUUUUUGUUGUUUUUUGCUUGAGAUGGGGUCUCACUGUGUUACCCAGGCUGGAGUGCAGUGGCAUGAUCUCAGCUCACCGCAACCUCCGCCUCCCGGGCUCAAGUGAUCCCACCUCAGCUUCCUGAGUAGCUGGGACCUCAGGCGCAUGCUACCAUGCCCAGCUAAUUUUUGUAUUUUUAGUAGAGAUGGGGUUUCACCACGUUACCCAGGCUGGUCUUGAACUCCUGGGCUCAGGCGAUCCACCUGCCUUGGCCUCCCAAAGUGCUCGGAUUACAGGCAUGAGCCACCAUGCUAGUGAUUCUAUGGGUUUUAACAAAUAUAAUGACAUGUAUCCCCCAUUGUAGUAUCAUGCAGAAUAGUUCACUGCCCUAGCAAUAGUUCACUGCCCUAGCAGUCCUCUGUACUCUGCCUAUUCAUCCUUCUCUCCCCUUUAACUCCUGUCAACCACUGAUCUUUUUACUGUCUCUAUAAUUUUGCCUUUUCCAGACUGUUAUAUAGUUGGAAUCAAACAGUAAAUAGUCUUUUCAGAUUGCCUUCUUUCACUUACCAAUAUGCAUUUAAGUUUUCUCCAUGUCUUUUCAUGGCUUGAUAGUUCAUAUGGAUUUGGGAUUUUUUGUCUUGUUUUGUGUUUUUGAGACAGGAUCUCGCUCUGUCACCCAGGCUGGAGUGCUGUGGUGCAAUCUUGGCUCACUGCAGCCUCCGCCUCCUGGGCUCAAGUGAUCCUCCCACUUCAGCCUCCUGUGUAACUGGGACUACAGGUAUGCACCACCAAGCUUGACUAAUUUUUGUAUUUUUGGUAGAGACUGGGUUUCACCAUGUUGCCCAGGCUGGUCUCGAACUCCUGGACUCAAGCGAUCCACCUGCUUUGGCCUCCCAAAGUGCUGAGAUUACAGGCAUGAGCCACCAUGCCUGGUCUUUGGGUAUUUUUUGUUUGUUUGUUUUUUGAUAGUAUCUCGCUAUGUUGCCCAGGUUGGGCUUGAACUCACCUGGGCUCAGACAAUCCUCCUGCCUCAGCCUCCCAAGUAUCUGAGACUACAGGUAAACACCAACAUGCUGGCUUCAUUUGUUUUGGGCACUGAAUAAUAUUCCAUUAUCUGGAGUUCUUUUUCAAAUAUAAGUGUUUACAGCUAUAUAUUUCUGAGUACAGCUUUCACCACUUGCCAUAAGCUUUAGUAUGUUGCAUGAAAUAGUUUGUAUAGGAAAGGCAAGAUAAAUGCUUGCUUACUUUCAUUUAUUCACAAGUUUUGAAAAUAAUGAGUAGAUUCUGUAGAGUGCCAAUUAUGAAUUUGCUUUCAGUUCUACAUUUUUCGUUUUUGCUUGCUCUGUGAAAUGGAUUUGGGCCUUUUAUUUAUUCUUUGCCAGCUGGCAGAUACUAAACCUUGUCAGCAGAGGGCACUGGAGAGAUACUGCAGGAGGAAAAGGGUUUUGGCUCCUGUUUCUGAUUUCAGUGGGGCAGGCUUCUGUAGUCUGGGCAAUUUCUUCAAUGGCUUCUGCAAUGCGCUGGCUUCUUCAGUGCCUGGCUAUCGCACUGUAUCGCACCAGUUGUCAGAAACUUCUCCUAGCACUGUAUCGCUUCUGACAACUGUAUCGCACCAGUUGUCAGAAACUUCUCCUAGCACUCCCCGCAGAUGGUUUGUAGUAGAGUACCUCUGGUGAGACACCUCCCCAAGAAUGGCUUCAACCAGCACUCCAUAAGAAAAAUGUCUGGCAACUUCCAUGCCAUCCAGUGAGCCACAGGUCUUUUCUCUAACAAGGUCUGCAUGCCAGCUCUGGUCUCGGCUUUUCUUUGACACUCUUACCUCAGCCCUAGCUGCUCCUUAUAUAUGCUAAUCCUGUUUUGGAAUUAUCUUGCUUCUUUACUAGCCAAUCCAUUAUUAUUCCAACUCCCUAUUAUACUUAAUAAAUCUUUAAAUCAAACUUUUCUUAUUAAAAAAAUGUAAUUCCUAUUCAAAAAGUGGGGUUCGUCUCUCCUGAUUGGACCCAGACUGAUACACCUGGUAAUUUUUAAAGGUGACUAUAAAGUUUGAUGAGCUAAGCUGUCAAAAUUAAGGAUUUAUGUUCAACAAAGGACAAAAUUAAUAUUUAAUGGAAUAGAAAACAAUUUAAAUGUCUAAAACUGACGAUUGACACCUGCAAUAUACAAGAAACCAUCAGGAAGGAAAAUGGGCAGUGGAUAUGGAUAAGCAGUUUUAAAAGGAGGAAACUCAAAAGACCAUCAAUAAAUGUUUGGGCCAGCACGGUGGCUCACGCAUGUAAUCCCAACACUUUGGGAGGCCUAGGCGGGUGGAUCACCUGAGGUCAGGAGUUCAAGACCAGCCUGGCCAACAGGAUGAAACCCCAUCUCUACUAAAAAUACAAAAAUUAGCCGGGCAUGGUGGCAGGUGCCUGUAAUCCCAGCUACUUGGGAGGCUGAGGCGCAAGAAUCGCUUGAACCCCGGAGGCAGAGUUUGCAGUGAGCCGAGAUGGUGCCACUUCACUCCAGCCUGGGCGACAGAGUGAUAAGAUUCCUUUUCUUUUUCUUUUUUUUUUUUUUUUUGAGACGGAGUCUGGCUCUGUCGCCCAGGUUGGAGUGUAGUGGCGCCAUCUCGGCUCACUGCAAGCUCCGCCUCCCGGGUUCACGCCAUUCUCCUGCCUCAGCCUCUCCGAGUAGCUGGGACUACAGGCGCCUGCCACCACGCCCGGCUAAUUUUUUUGUAUUUUUAGUAGAGACGGGGUUUCACCGUGGUCUCGAUCUCCUGACCUCGUGAUCCGCCCGCCUCGGCCUCCCAAAGUGCUGGGAUUACAAGCGUGAGCCACCGCGCCCGGCGAUUCCUUUUAUUUUUCAAACCAAUGGGGUUGUGUCUGUUGUCCCCCUUGGUCCCCAGGGGUGGGGGGCCCUUGGAAGGCAGGGUGGUGUCGGGGGGCUGAGGGGCAGGCUGAAUGUGUGUGGGUGUGGGUGUGUGUGUGGAGUGUGGGUGUGUGUUUCCAUGGUAGGACUCCAGUCCCAGCUGCUGCCUAGGCUCCUGUGGGUCCGACCGGGAUCCCCCUCCCCUGUCCACCUUCCCCAACAGGGCUAUAGUUUAAGGGUGUCCCAGGCCUUGGCUGGUUGGCUGGGCCCAGCUCCUGGGGGCUGGGCAGGGCAGGGCAGGGCUGGGUCCACUUCCAUUGUUAGCAGUUGUUUGCGGAAUUUUCUCUUUAACCAUUCCUGUCUUUUUGUUCUCGCCCAGAGUGGGUGGUUUUUUGUUGUUGUUUCAGAUUUUCAUGUGAAGGCAGAGAGUUUUUUUUCUUUUUUAACUCCCCAUCCCCCUAUGCGGGGUGUCAUUUCACCAUCCACAUCCACAUCCUUGUUUGCGUUUCUGGCCCUCUUCUUCCCUGCCUCUCCUCUGCCUCCCCAACCCCCGCCUACCUACUGCUCCCAGGGGUCUCUCCAGGGGCAGGGGGAUUUCAGGAGAUGGGGUGGGGGCCAGCCCCUACUGGACCCUUGUAAUCUGAUUUGGAAACCACCCCCAUGAUGGGACCAGCAGCCCCGCCGGCCCACUGGGGGUCCCUCUUAACAUCUGCUUGUUGUGGGGGUCAGUGCCAGGGUCUGGCUGGGGUCUUGGCACUGUCUUCCUGGCCGGGGCCUGGCACCUUAGCCCCCAGCCGGCCCGAGUGGGGGAUAUCGACACCCCCAGCUAAAGCACAAGCACCUUAGUCAACCCUCCUCUCCCCCUGCCUCCUGGCCUGCCACCCCACCCCAGUGUUCACCCCAAAGCACAAUGCCCUGGUCACUUGGCAAGCGGCUGGGCCUGACGGAGGCCGAGGGGCAGACCGGGGCUCCAGCCAGACCCCCGAAAGGAAGCAGGUGCCCCACUUCCAGGCCUUAGUUGGAGCUGGGGUCCAGCUCCUGGGCCUGGGGUCUUCUCACCCCCACCCCCUUGUCCUGGGUAGGCCUCUGCCUGCCCCUCUCUGCCUUUUCCUCGGGUGUCCCUCGAGCCCCUGCGGCACUGGUUGGGUGGCAGAGCCCACUUGUUUCAGGGACCCCAGGAGGUGCUCCCGGGACUGUGUGUGGGUCUGGGGGGUGGGGAGAAGGGUCGGGCAGGGGGUGCAGGGGAGCAAACUCCCCACCAGGAAAGCCAAAGAUAGGGUUGUGCCUUACCCCAGGAGCCACCCCUGUGCCCCCCUUGCCCUGCCGUUCACCCUCCACCCCUCCCCCCGGGCGGCCUGCUGCUUUUUCCUUCUCUUCCUCCCCUGCCCUGCCCUGAGCUGCAUGGUUCCCCCACCCUGGGCAGCCAGGAAGGAAUCUGAAUGGAGAAUCACCAACCACCAGAGAAAAAAGACUGUAGGGCCCUCUCCUGCCAACUCCCCUUCCCUGGCCGCCCACUCACCUACACCUCUUUCACGCAGGACAGGCUGCCCACCCUCUCUCUCCACGUGAAGUGCCAACGCCCUCCCCACCCUGGGCCGAGCCCCCACUCCUCCCUGGGCCCCCAGGUGAGAUUGCACAUUUAACUACUGUAAGGAGAGGAGCGGCGUUGGCAAAUGUGAACCAUGAGAAUAUCAGUGAUACUGAUGAGAAUAAACUAAAUGCCUUUGUGUAAAAAAAAAAAAAAAAAAAAAAAAAGUUUGGAGCCAGGCGUGGUGGCUCACGCCUGUAAGCCAAGCACUUCAGGAGGCCAAAGCGGCAGGAUCGCUUGAAGCCAGGAGUUGGAGACUAGCCUGGGCAACAUGGCGAAACCCGUCUCUACUAAAAAUAGCUGCGCAUGGUGGCUCUGCCUGUAGUUCUAGCUACCCGGAAGGCUGAGGCGGGAGGAUUAGAGACUGAAGCUAUAGUGAGCCAUGAUCAGACCACUGCACUCAAGCCUGGGUAAGGCAGCAAGACCGUAUAUCAAAAAAGAAAGAAAGAAAAACCACAAUGAUUACGCAAGUCGCCGCCCUCCCUCCCGCGAUUGUUGCUAUUUCCAUCCAGCUACUAGUCGCCUCCUCCCGCCCGACACCUGGCGCAUCUAUCUGACGCCACGAACGCGCCACACAGAUUCGGGCUGCGCAAUCUCUGUGGCCAUCUACACGGCGCGCAGAUGCGAAUAUUCUCGCGGCGCCGGAAGUCCGGAGCACGUGACCUGGUGACAGUGCUGGCUUGGCUGUACAGCUCGAUCUAGGUUCUGCGGCACGGGAUGGCGGAGGCGCCUCCUGUCUCAGGUACUUUUAAAUUCAAUACGGAUGCUGCUGAAUUCAUUCCUCAGGAGAAAAAAAAUUCUGGUCUAAAUUGUGGGACUCAAAGGAGACUAGACUCUAAUAGGAUUGGUAGAAGAAAUUACAGUUCACCACCUCCCUGUCACCUUUCCAGGCAGGUCCCUUAUGAUGAAAUCUCUGCUGUUCAUCAGCAUAAUUAUCAUCCUUCAGGAAGCAAACCUAAGAGUCAACAGACGUCUUUCCAGUCCUCUCCUUGUAAUAAAUCGCCCAAGAGCCAUGGCCUUCAGAAUCAACCUUGGCAGAAAUUGAGGAAUGAGAAGCACCAUAUCAGAGUCAAGAAAGCACAGAGUCUUGCUGAGCAGACCUCAGAUACAGCUGGAUUAGAGAGCUCGACCAGAUCAGAGAGUGGGACAGACCUCAGAGAGCAUAGCCCUUCUGAGAGUGAGAAGGAAGUUGUGGGUGCAGAUCCCAGGGGAGCAAAACCCAAAAAAGCAACACAGUUUGUAUACAGCUAUGGUAGAGGACCAAAAGUCAAGGGGAAACUCAAAUGUGAAUGGAGUAACCGAACAACUCCAAAACCCGAGGAUGCUGGACCCGAAAGUACCAAACCUGUGGGGGUUUUCCCCCCUGACUCUUCAGAUGCAUCCUCUAGAAAAGGAGUAUUGGAUGGGUAUGGAGCCAGACGAAAUGAGCAGAGAAGAUACCCACAGAAAAGGCCUCCCUGGGAAGUGGAGGGGGCCAGGCCACGACCAGGCAGAAAUCCACCAAAACAGGAGGGCCACCGACAUACAAAUGCAGGACACAGAAACAACAUGGGCCCCAUUCCAAAGGAUAACCUCAAUGAAAGACCAGCAAAACCUACCUGUGACAGUGAGAACUUGGCAGUCAUCAACAAGUCUUCCAGAAGGGUUGACCAAGAGAAAUGCACUGUACGGAGGCAGGAUCCUCAAGUAGUAUCUCCUUUCCCCCGAGGCAAACAGAACCAUGUGCUAAAGAAUGUGGAAACGCACACAGGUUCUCUAAUUGAACAACUAACGACAGAAAAAUACGAGUGCAUGGUGUGCUGUGAAUUGGUUCGUGUCACGGCCCCAGUGUGGAGUUGUCAGAGCUGUUACCAUGUGUUUCAUUUGAACUGCAUAAAGAAAUGGGCAAGGUCUCCAGCAUCUCAAGCAGAUGGCCAGAGUGGUUGGAGGUGCCCUGCCUGUCAGAAUGUUUCUGCACAUGUUCCUAAUACCUACACUUGUUUCUGUGGCAAGGUAAAGAAUCCUGAGUGGAGCAGAAAUGAAAUUCCACAUAGCUGUGGUGAGGUUUGUAGAAAGAAACAGCCUGGCCAGGACUGCCCACAUUCCUGUAACCUUCUCUGCCAUCCAGGACCCUGCCCACCCUGCCCUGCCUUUAUGACAAAAACAUGUGAAUGUGGACGAACCAGGCACACAGUUCGCUGUGGUCAGGCUGUCUCAGUCCACUGUUCUAACCCAUGUGAGAAUAUUUUGAACUGUGGUCAGCACCAGUGUGCUGAGCUGUGCCAUGGGGGUCAAUGCCAGCCUUGCCAGAUCAUUUUGAACCAGGUAUGCUAUUGCGGCAGCACCUCCCGAGAUGUGUUAUGUGGAACCGAUGUAGGAAAGUCUGAUGGAUUUGGGGAUUUCAGCUGUUUAAAGAUAUGUGGCAAGGACUUGAAAUGCGGUAACCAUACAUGUUCGCAAGUGUGCCACCCUCAGCCCUGCCAGCCAUGCCCACGGCUCCCCCAGCUGGUGCGCUGUUGCCCCUGUGGCCAAACUCCUCUCAGCCAAUUGCUAGAACUUGGAAGUAGUAGUCGGAAAACAUGCAUGGACCCUGUGCCUUCAUGUGGAAAAGUGUGCGGCAAGCCUCUGCCUUGUGGUUCCUUAGAUUUCAUUCAUACCUGUGAAAAGCUCUGCCAUGAAGGAGACUGUGGACCAUGCUCUCGCACAUCAGUUAUUUCCUGCAGAUGCUCUUUCAGAACAAAGGAGCUUCCAUGUACCAGUCUCAAAAGUGAAGAUGCUACAUUUAUGUGUGACAAGCGGUGUAACAAGAAACGGUUGUGUGGACGGCAUAAAUGUAAUGAGAUAUGCUGUGUGGAUAAGGAGCACAAGUGUCCUUUGAUUUGUGGGAGGAAACUCCGUUGUGGCCUUCAUAGGUGUGAAGAACCUUGUCAUCGUGGAAACUGCCAGACAUGCUGGCAAGCCAGUUUUGAUGAAUUAACCUGCCAUUGUGGUGCAUCAGUGAUUUACCCUCCAGUUCCGUGUGGUACUAGGCCCCCUGAAUGUACCCAAACCUGCGCUAGAAUCCAUGAGUGUGACCAUCCAGUAUAUCAUUCUUGUCAUAGUGAGGAGAAGUGUCCCCCUUGCACUUUCCUAACUCAGAAGUGGUGCAUGGGCAAGCAUGAGUUUCGGAGCAACAUCCCCUGUCACCUGGUUGAUAUCUCUUGCGGAUUACCCUGCAGUGCCACGCUACCAUGUGGGAUGCACAAAUGUCAGAGACUCUGUCACAAAGGGGAGUGUCUUGUGGAUGAGGCCUGCAAGCAGCCCUGCACCACCCCCAGAGCUGACUGUGGUCACUCAUGUAUGGCACCAUGCCAUACCAGCUCACCCUGCCCUGUGACUGCUUGUAAAGCCAAGGUAGAGCUACAGUGUGAAUGUGGACGAAGAAAAGAGAUGGUGAUUUGCUCUGAAGCGUCUAGUACUUAUCAAAGAAUAGCUGCAAUUUCCAUGGCCUCUAAGAUAACAGACAUGCAGCUUGGAGGUUCAGUGGAGAUCGGCAAGUUAAUUACCAAAAAGGAAGUUCAUCAAGCCAGGCUGGAGUGUGAUGAGGAGUGUUCAGCCUUGGAAAGGAAGAAGAGAUUAGCAGAGGCGUUUCAUAUCAGUGAGGAUUCUGAUCCUUUCAAUAUACGUUCUUCAGGGUCAAAAUUCAGUGAUAGUUUGAAAGAAGAUGCCAGGAAGGACUUAAAGUUUGUCAGUGACAUUGAGAAGGAAAUGGAAACCCUCGUGGAGUCCGUGAAUAAGGGAAAGAAUACUAAGAAAAGCCACAGCUUCCCUCCCAUGAACAGAGACCACCGCCGGAUCAUCCAUGACCUGGCCCAAGUUUAUGGCCUGGAGAGCGUGAGCUAUGACAGUGAACCGAAGCGCAAUGUGGUGGUCACUGCCAUCAGGGGGAAGUCCAUUUGUCCUCCUACCACGCUGACAGGUGUGCUUGAAAGGGAAAUGCAGGCACGGCCUCCACCACCAAUUCCUCAUCACAGACAUCAGUCAGACAAGAAUCCUGGGAGCAGUAAUUUACAAAAAAUAACCAAGGAGCCAAUAAUUGACUAUUUUGACGUCCAGGACUAAGAAGAUCACGAUGCACUUAGAUAAAAGAAUGAUUAGGUGUAGUGGAGACUUAUUUGCCAGCAGAUAAAUCAUGCCUGUUCCCCUCUGCCUGGCAUAAUCAGUCUCACAUACUGUCUUGUACUGACACAUCCAAAGCAUGAGUGUGUCAGAAAUCCCUUGUCUAUUCCUGUCUGUAUAAAGUGUUUCAUUAUGACCAGAUCUCUGAUUGUAUGGUCACUAGGUAUGCAAUCAUGUAUUCGAAGAGGCUCUUCACACCAUCACUGUGAUUGCUCUGAGAGUUGGGGGACUAUUGGGCUUUAUUUGGACAAAUCAAACUUUUAGCCUGAAACCAACUUUAUGUGACUAAGUCAUAGCCUCAGUUGUCUCAGUUAUUUGUCCUCCUGAAAAUGCCUGAAACAUCAGACAGACAUUGCUUGCUUUACCCAAAAUGAGCAAAAUCUUUUGGAGCACAAAUGAAUUUCUUAGUCUGAAAUACCAAAUAAUGAAUUGGUGUACCAUAUCUGGAAUCACACAUGUUAUCUUAAACCCAGCCAUUAUACCUAAGUCUUUUGCCAAAACCUCUCAUAGGUAUAUCUAGCUGAACUUAUUUUGGCAUUUCCCAAUGUGAUCAGUUGUAGACCUAGAAGGGGAUCAGGCUGCUUUACAGAACUCUAUUUCCUUAAGUCCCUGGCACUUCUCAUACCACAUCACUGAACCUGUUCAGUAACAAUCAGUUUGGCCGUCCCCCGUGAUGGUAGGAAAUAUAUAGAGCAAGUUCUUCUGCCAGGUUCACACUGUGGUCUCUGAACUGACCAGUAUAUCCCUAACUCCUCUUUGAUAGAGAAAGAGUCUCAAAUGGACAACUGUCCUGUGUUGCUUUUCCCUAGGCCUUCAGCAGCCAUAUUGGCUCUCCCUGCCUCUGAGCUCUGGACUCUGUUUGAAUAUUCCAAGUAGUAUAGGGACAGUCCAGGGCAUAUGCCCAGCAGCCCACUGGAGGCAUUCUUCAGGCUCCUUUAAGUCAGGUGCAUUGAUAGUUCCAUUAGUAUGACCCUUGCAUUGGCACCCCUCCAGCCUGGAGACCAGGCUUCCAGCAACUUCCUUCUGCCCCAGAGCAAGCCACGAGUCCCAGAGCAGUAGCAGGAGACUUGAGAAGUAGAGUGACAAAAACAAGCAAUUAAAUUACAAAAUUUAACUUUA